UCUUGUCGUCAUGGCAACGCGAUGUGGUGCCCGCGCAUGCGCAGGGAGGUACUGGGAGCUGGCCGAGUGUUGUCCCGGAGGAGGGUAGCGGCAACAGAAGAAGAUGAUCAAUAGCGAGGUACACCCUGGGCGCCCACAGCAGCAGCUACAUCGCCGUCGAAGUGACCACCGAAAGUAGAGGCCCUCGACUGUUGCGGACCGAGACAGUGUGACCUUGACCGGGCCUAGGGGUCGCUCCAUCAUGACCACUGUGGCCACGCCAUCGUUAUGGCCACCCCAUAGCCAAACCACCGCCACCCUUCUGCUGCUGAUGAUAUUCAGCAGUUUGGUUCAGAUAAGCUGGUGUAACCAGGGGAAGGUGAACUUCAGGGAGAAGGAGAAACAGGUCCUGGAUCAGAUCCUGGGACCGGGUCGUUAUGACGCCAGGAUCCGCCCGUCAGGGAUCAACGGAACAGCAUCAGCGGGCGCGGCGACUUUGGUCAGCGUCAACAUCUAUCUACGGUCAAUCAGCAAAAUAGACGAUUAUAAAAUGGAGUACAGUGUUCAGCUAACGUUCAGGGAGCAGUGGACUGACGAGCGACUCAAGUUCAACAACUUUGGAGGUAAAAUCAAAUACUUGACACUGACGGAUGCAGCGAGGGUUUGGAUGCCAGAUUUGUUCUUCGCCAAUGAGAAGGAAGGCCACUUCCACAACAUCAUCAUGCCAAACGUGUACAUCCGCAUACACCCCGAUGGCUCUGUGCUGUACAGUAUCCGAAUCUCCCUGACACUGGCAUGUCCCAUGAACUUGAAGCUGUAUCCACUAGACCGACAGAUCUGCUCACUGCGAAUGGCCAGCUAUGGCUGGACAACAGAUGAUCUGGAAUUUGUAUGGAAAGAUGGAGAUCCUGUGCAGGUGGUGAAGAACCUCCACCUGCCGCGAUUCACACUGGAAAAGUUCCUCACAGACUCAUGUAACAGCAAGACUAACACAGGAGAGUACAGCUGUCUGAAGGUGGAUCUGCUCUUCAAACGAGAGUUCAGCUACUACCUCAUCCAGAUCUACAUCCCCUGCUGCAUGCUGGUCAUUGUGUCAUGGGUCUCCUUCUGGCUCGAUCAGAAUGCCAUUCCCGCACGAGUGUCCCUCGGAGUGACCACACUCCUCACCAUGGCGACCCAAACCUCUGGGAUCAACGCCUCACUCCCGCCUGUUUCCUACACCAAGGCUAUCGACGUUUGGACUGGUGUCUGCCUCACGUUUGUGUUCGGGGCACUGCUAGAGUUUGCGUUAGUUAACUACGCGUCGAGAUCUGACAUGCACCGGGAGAAUAUGAAGAAACAGAGGCGUCAGUGUGAGCUAGAGCAUGCUGCAUCUCUGGAAGCAGCGGCAGACCUCCUAGAGGAUGGUGCUACCACAUUUGCUAUGAAGCCUUUGGUUCGCCAUCCAGGCGACGCACUCACCCUGGAGAAGGUGCGCCAGUGUGAGAUUCACAUGCAGCCCAAGAGGGACAACUGCUGUCGCACCUGGUUGUCCAAGUUCCCAACACGCUCGAAGAGGAUAGAUGUCAUCUCCCGCAUCACGUUUCCACUCGUGUUUGCUCUAUUCAACCUUGUAUACUGGUCGACGUACCUGUUCCGCGAGGAGGCUGAGGAGAACUGAGCCACCACGGUGCCUGGCACAAAGCAAUGGUCCUCUCCUGUCCACCAUAAUCAUUCAAUCAACCAACUUGCCAUUAUUGGCAUUUCUCAAAUUGUGACACUCACAGAAAGUGGUUUGACUUUCAUAAACAAUUCUUGUAUGAUAGUUAUGGUUCAGGGUACUUUAUAGGCCUUUUAUAUACUAGACAAGGUAUCAAGAGGAACGUGAACUACAUGGGUAUGUAGUAAGCUGUGAAAUUGUGCUUCACAGUGCAAAAAGUGAAUGGAAAUUAGUAAUUUACUAAAAUGGAUUAGAUAUUGUACGAAGACUGAAAUUAAUUCAUAUGAAUUGUUGAGAGUAGUGAUAUUUGAUACAGUUGCUUCAGAGACAGGUGUUGUUUGAAACGUAGUGGUGUUCAGUCCCACAAAACAAAAGGCUAUUCUUUCAUAAUGGAGCACAGAUGAGGCGUUUGUUUCAGAACUGUGAAAGCAAAACUUCCUCCACUGUGGUUCUUCACUGUCAUUGCACUUAUGUGAUGACAACACAAACAUGGCAGGAUGAGUGUAGUGUGCAAAUGUUGUCAUUACAAUAACGUCAGCCACCAGUCAAGUUCUGCGUCAUGAGCUAGGUGAGGUUGCUAUCACUCUUUUAACGGCUGAUUUACGAUUAAUUUUCACCAGGACUCAGGAAAUGGUACCAUAUGGGGAGAGUGCAUUGUUUUGUUUGGUACAAUACCGUUUACCUUGUAUUUGUUUCAGAUAGUGCAAUAUUACUUUAUUCUGGGAGGAGCUAUGAAACAAGCGCCAGCAGCAUUACAUUCAGUUACACAGAUCUUGAUAUGUUUCUCACCCCUUACAAACAUUCCAUAUUUAAUUUUGGCCAUUUGACCAUGCUGUCAGUAUGUAGAGUAAUGUGGCAUCAGAUGGAUAUAGAAGGAAACAGUUGUGACCUAACUGAGGUACUAAUCUACAUUUGUCUUAAGGCACUGAGGAAAAGUGUGAAGAACCUCAGUUACAAAUGCCAGCGUCCUGGCUGCAUUUCAAACCAAGCACCUCCUGAAUAAGGCUAAUGUCACACGAGCGCUGUCUCACGUA